GCUGUUGCCCGGAGGGGUAGAACCAGGCUACUACUACACCACAAAUAAAAAAACGGCGCCAUGCCGCUCCUUGGCCUUCAGUCUUCCCGUGUGAGCAUCCCAAGACCUCUUGGACACCCGUUAAAUAGGCAGCCACCAUGGCCGCCGACCCUUCUUCAACAGGGCGCGCGGACCUCGACCUUGAGAAGGGCGGCUAUGAAGUAAACUCGGAUCUCGAAACCGCCAAGACCAUCGUUUCCGAGCCCGGCCCUGAGCCUGCCGUUGGACAUGGCGCGACCGCCGGUGAGAGCGAAGGGGCGGGACAGGAGGACAGCGCGAACGAGAACAAGGAUGGACCGGAUCCCAACAUCGUCACUUGGGAUGGCCCCGACGACCCCCUGAACCCGAUGAACUGGACGAUGCGCAAGAAAUGGAGCAACAUCGCUGUAUUGUCUUUCCUGACGCUCCUGACCCCCCUCGGCUCGUCCAUGUUCGCCCCCGGUAUCCCCGAUAUAUUGGCCGAGUUCCACGACACGUCGUCCGUCACCGCCACCUUCAUCCUCUCGGUCUACAUCCUGGGCUUCGCCUUCGGCCCGCUCGUCAUGGCCCCCAUGAGCGAGAUGUACGGCCGCUCCCUGCUCUACAACAUCGGCAACGUCUUCUUCACCAUCUUCAGCAUCUGCACGGCGCUGAGCAACAGCAUCGGCAUGAUGAUGGCCUUCCGCUUCCUCAUGGGCGUGUUCGGGUCCGUCCCGCUCACCAUCGGGAGCGGCAGCAUCGCCGACAUGAUGCCCGUCGAGAUGCGCGGGAGAGCCAUGGCCGCCUGGGCCCUGGGCCCCUUGCUCGGCCCUUGCAUCGGCCCCGUGGCCGGCGGAUACAUGAUCCAGGCGAUCGGCUGGCGCUGGGUCUACUACCUGCUCACCAUCGUCGCCGGCGUCAUCACCGUCUUCACCUUCUUCACCCUGAAGGAGUCGUACGCCCCGGUCAUCCUGGAGCGCAAGGCGGCCCGCCUGCGCAAGGAGACGGGGAACCAGCAGCUGCGGAGCCAGUUCGCGACCAGCACCGGCGCCGCCGCCGAAAAGUUCAAAGCGGCCAUCGUGCGCCCGCUGAAGCUUCUGUUCUUCGCCCCCAUUGUCACCCUCAUGGCCCUCUACGUUGCCAUUACCUACGGUAUUCUGUACCUGCUUUUCUCGACGUUCGAUCUCGUCUAUCCGCGCUACUACGGAUUCAACGAGGGCCAGAGCGGCCUCGUCUUCAUCCCCUCCGCCAUCGGCAUGGGCUUGGGCAUCGUCAUCUUCGGCUCCAUGUCCGACAGGCUCGUCAAGCGCCACCUCCAGGGCGGCGAGCGCCACCGGCCCGAGAUCAGGCUGACCCCGUGGUUCACCCUGCCCGCCGGCAUCACCCUCCCCAUCGGCCUGUUUCUGUACGGAUGGACGAUCCAGUACCACGUGCACUGGAUUGUGCCGAUGCUUGGCGUCGUGAUCUUCGCUUUUGGCUUGAUGGGCGUCAUGAUGUGUGUACAGAAUUACCUCUUGGACGUAUACCCGCGCGCCGCAGCUUCCGUUACCGCGGCUUUAACCGUCCUUCGGUCUCUGAUGGGAGCCCUCCUGCCGCUCUGCGCCAUCGACAUGUAUAGCGCUUUGCAGAUGGGCUGGGGCAACUCGCUCCUCGGCUUUCUCUCCCUCGGCCUCGUUCCCAUCCCGCUGUUUUUCUACAUUUUCGGGGCGCGGCUCGUCAAAAAGUUCGAGGUCAAGCUGUAAUGGCCAAUCGCUGCUCACCAUUUGCUUUGAUAGAGAAGGGGGCUGUGUCAAUGUCUCGUGAAUUGAUUAGCGCAUGGCGGCCGGAGUUGGUGGUUGGGGUGGUGCAUUUCCGGGGUGAGCGUCAGUGUUGGGAACAGAUAGACUAGAUACUUGAAUGUUUUUAAUCGCACUGGAAUUCGUUGACCAUCCACAUUCGUCAUUAUGUUGAC